UAACGUUCUACUCGAUCAUUCUCCACUUGGAUCUGCUCCUCCUUAAAAUACAAGUGAACGAAGAGAUUGCAAAUAAAUUGGCGAAUGUUGGUGUAGAUUUGAUUUUCCUUUUACAGCAAGUCCUCCUCAGACUUUUGUACCUUUUAAGUGGGAAUAAAUUAUACACAAUUUUGAAAUCUUAUUACGGACGACGACAUAUUUUCACGGAUGGCGACCAUUCUCCAAAAAAGUGGGUGUACUACUACUGGACGAUACUUGUAAUUUGGGUGUUCACUGUUAUCCUCGUGGUCAAAGGGUACUGGACUUUGUACACGAUUGGGAUUCCGCAAUACUUUCACGGUCCAGAAUUUCGCCAAAUUUGUUUCAUCUUUCUUCCACGAAAUAAUUUUAAUGUUCUACUGAUUGCGCACUUUAUCGCAGAUUUGGUUCGUGCUUCCGUUAUCGCAUUUACACUGACCGUCCUGAUCAUUACGUACCAAAUGCAUUCCAACUCUGUGAACAAAUUCUGCAGAGAAAUGAUGCGAGAUUUGCAUCAACAGGAAACUGGGAUUAAUACUGAAUUGAUUUUUAUUAUGGGGGAAAGAAAAACAAUAAUUUCCAAGCAUUACGUGAACUCAAGAAAAAUUGAUAAUUUGAUUUUGAAAGAAAUGGGCUCCAUUCAAGGACAAAUUUGUGCCGUGUUGGUUCCAAUUUACAUCAUUUCUGCAAUAAAUCUCUUGUACAAAGGAUUCACUGGAUUUUCAGAUGUUUUUCAUAACGUGUGGGAAGCUAUUUUAGAAGCGAUAGGGAAUUCGGUGGCUAUUUUUUUCAUUGUUUUUGGUGGACACGAUUUAAAAUGUCAGAUGGAAAAUUGGCAUCAUGAUAUUCUCAACGUCAUAGUAGCUUCGUCUUCUCCCUCGAUUGUUAAAGAUUCUGAUAAUCACGCGGACUUAUCGAUGUCCUUAGUUCCUCAAAUGGAGUUAGAACUUGGGACAAUGCUUUCCUGGGACUGGGAGUUAUCAGCGUGUGGAUAUUUUACGGUGGAUCUUCCUCUAAUCACGUCGAUGCUGGGAACUACAAUUUCCUAUAUGGUUGUCCUGAUGCAGUUUCAUUUCUCUAAUAGUGAAUAAUUAUACUGGUGGAUGUUUGAACACUUAUAACUUUAAUUGUGUGCGGGGAGUGACAAUUAAUG